AUGAACGAUUUUGAUUGUGUGGAUAUAUACAAACAACCGGCUUUCCAACAUCCAAUGUUGAAACACCAUAAGAUUCAGAAACAGUUCAUUUCAAAUGAAAGCCAUAAAAGCAAAGAUAAAUAUAAAAUAAAUUAUCAAAAUUGUCCAAAAGGAAUGGUACCAAUUUUAAGGCAAACAAAUGAAACUGAGAGCAUUCAUCUCGACUCGGUCGAGUAUCCUGGCCAACAUUUUGCAACACUUGAGACUGUUUUGGAUGGGACCAUCUAUCGAGGAGCCGAAGCUAGAAUAAGUGUUCAUAGUUUAACUGUACAAAAUAACCAGUACAGUAAAAGUCAAAUUUGGUUAGAGAAUGGACCUCGCAAUCAACUCAAUAGCAUACAAGUUGGUUGGACGGUGCAUCCAAGAUUAUAUGGUGAUAGUUUAACGCGAUUUACAAUAUAUUGGACUGCAGAUGGCUAUAGAAAAACUGGAUGCUAUAAUACAAAAUGUCCUGGCUUUGUUAUUGUUGCUCAAGAACCUUGGAUCGGAAUAGCGUUCAAUAAGACCUCUAUUUAUGGUGGUAAAACAAGUGUUAUUGUUCAACCGCAAAUUUUUCAGGAUGGCGUCACUGGAAAUUGGGUAUUAAAAAUAUUUGAUCAAUUAAUUGGAUACUGGCCGAAAGAGUUAUUUACACAUUUAAACAAUGGAGCUUCUUUGAUACGUUUCGAAGGAAAUACGUUUACAUCUCCUGAUGGAAUUAGUCCUCCUAUGGGAAAUGGUUAUUUUCCAAGUACUGACUUUCAGAAGAGUUCACAUUUUUCGUUUAUUAAGGUUAAGAAUUUGAACUACCAAAGCAUUGAUCUCGGAGAUAAGGAAACAAGACCAUACGUAGAUUCUUAUAAGUGUUUUAAACUAAAGUAUUGGGGAUAUCACAAGCAAACUAGAGUAGCCUUCUCCCUUGGAGGACCAGGUGGAAAUUGUGGUUUAUGA